CCCCUGAGCUGGAUCCCAGCAGGAUCCUGGAGUCCAGCUGUGGAAAUCCCUGUUCUCUUGUUCCUUCCAGCAUGGCCAUGAUGAUCCAGAUCCUCCUGAAGCUCGACAGGCUCGACCUGGCCCGGAAGGAGCUGAAGAAGAUGCAGGAGCAGGAUGAGGAUGCAACUCUGACCCAGCUGGCGACUGCCUGGGUGAACCUGGCCGUGGGUGGGGAGAAGCUCCAAGAUGCUUAUUACAUUUUCCAAGAGAUGGCAGACAAGUGUUCCCCCACCCUGCUGCUGCUGAACGGGCAGGCUGCCUGUUACAUGGCCCAGGGCAAGUGGGAGGACGCCGAGGGAGUUCUCCAGGAGGCCCUGGACAAGGACAGUGGCCACCCUGAGACCCUCCUGAACCUCGUGGUGCUCUCACAGCACCUGGGAAAGGCUCCGGAGGUCACGAAUCGUUACCUGUCACAGCUGAAAGAUGCUCACAAAAACCACCCCUUCAUCAAGGAGUAUCAGGCAAAGGAGAACGACUUCGACCGGCUGGCCCUGCAGUACGCACCCAGUGCCUGAGGGACCAGCCCUGGGCACUGGGCUUCCUGUUCAGAUCCUCCCUGGGACAUGGAAAAUGCCCUCUGGAACAUGGAAAAUCCCCUCUGCAGACCAGCCUGGCCUCACCUCACCCUGGUGCUCCAGCAGGGGUGGGGCUGUGCCUGUGUCCAGCACCCGAAUUUUGGGGGCUCGAAGCCUCCCCCGGGCCCUGAACUCUGGGUCAGCUCCCGUGCAGAUCAGGAGGGUGCAACCCUGGCACCUUGAACAUUCCUAAUAAAGCCUCCUCUGGA